CUUGAAGGAAUGGAUGGGGUUACGAUGGAUGAUUUUGAGGAAACAAGAAUUUACUCAGAACAAGCUUUAAGUGGCAAAGUUAUGAGUAAUUUGAUGAGCACUCUUCAUUUGGAUAAAUUUAUCAACGAUGAUGAAAUCAAUGCCACAAAUGAUCAACUCAAACAGCUAGAACUCACCAUGAAAAGAACCAAAUCCAGCAGAGUCACUCUCGAUGCCAUCAAGCUCCAGCUCUAAUCACAGCUUCAGAGUAUGAAUCUGAAGCAGAACAGUCAGGUCCUAGUUAAGCUGCUCGAGCAACAAGAAAGCUUCAAAGAGAAACUCCGAAUUGCCAAGCGAGCCAUCCAAGUCCGAGACAACCAGAUUCAUACGAUGCAGUCUCAGGUUGGAGUGGUUCCGCUUGACAUGACACAGUCUAGGCUCCAUCUGGCAUUUCUGUUUUCGUCACCACUGAUCCGUAACAUCAACGGCAAGUUCGAGAACAUCAUGCAGCUUGACUACCUGACCGAGAUCCAAGAUAUCGUCAGAGUCUGCAACAAGAUGCAGUACGAAAUGAAGUACAAGUCCGAAGUGGCCACAGUCAACAACUUCAGAAGCGUCAUCACAGAUGGACCCAUUGCGCUGUACUUUUCUGGACAUGGCAUCCAGAACACCAAAGCCAACAUCGGUGUCGAGUACUACUUGAGCAGCGACAAAGGCAACAUUCUGCUUCUCGAAGAUGAACAAGGCAUGUCUCAUUACCUGUACGAGCAAGACCUCAAAAGCAUGAUCAAGAUGGCCAACACUCAGCUCGAAGUGGUCUUUGUGUCGUCAUGUCACUCUCAGUUUGCAGGGGAAGUGUUCUUGAACUCUGGAGCCAAGCAUGUUGUCUGAAUCAGACAAGGUGACAAAAUCUCCGACAAAACCUCACUUAGGUUUUCUAAAGUAUUUUAUGAAACGUUGUUUGUCAAGAACUACAAUGUGUGCACAUCAUUCCAGAUUGCUAAAGAUGAAAUCAGAAAAGUCUUCAACUCGACUGAAGCCAACAAGUUCUUGCUUCUGACUCAACAGAGCAAGUCAGGCUCGCAGUUAGAAGAUGACAAACAUCACAAGUGCCAUGCACUUGCAAACUUCAAGCAAGGCACUCUGGUCAGCAUGAAUGAACAGACAAUGUUCGAGUCACAUCCUUCCAAUGUUGAAGGGUUUCUCGGGAGGCAACGAGAAAUGUAUGAAAUCAUCAAACAUAUUACCGAGAACAGACUCGUGACAAUCCUAGGUCCAGCAGGUAUUGGCAAGACCAGUCUGGCUAGGAACCUUGCGAACUAUGUCAAAGACAGACACAAGUUCAGUGAUGGAAUCAUCUAUGUGGGACUCAGAGAAUGAAAGUCGGCUCAUGAGUUCAUGACUCGACUCUACCUGACCAUCAGACAGAGCUGAUCACUACAAGAUGUCCAGAAGUAUGACCUCAACAGCUUCGACAGAGACCUCACAACAACUCGUAAACUCAAGGCUACACUAACAGAAGCUCAGGAAGGCAAAUACAGAAACUUCAUUCUGAACAUUCUCAAACACAGAGAAGUGCUUCUGAUACUUGACAACGUUGAAGACCCUCUAGACAGCGAUUACUCAGCAUUUAUUUCUGAACUCGAGUCAAUCAUCGACAAUUGCAACAUACUGAGAGUGCUGGUGACAUCACGUCAAACUCUGAACAGACUCUCGUUUCAUCAUGAGAAACCCUACAACUUGUUCGAGUUGUCUCAAGAAUCAGCUUUGAAGCUGCUGAUAUCGAAGGCUCCUAGAGACAUCAAGCGACAAGAAAUUCAAGAACUCUUGGCUUGAAAUAUGCCGAACAGCGGUAAAGUCAAGAAAGGCUUCAACUUCUUGCAGGCACUCAACACUGUUGCUCCUCGAACUCUGCUUGACCACCCGUUUACUCUGCUACUUGGUGGCCACCCUCAAGCGAUCUCGCUGGCUGCUCCACUUCUGAAGUAUAAAACACUUAGAGAACUGUUUCUGGACUUCUGUAACUCGAACAUGAUGGAUGCACUCGAAGUUGCUAGUGGCCACUAAAAUCAGAGCACUU